AUGGAUAUUCCGAGGAUCGAAAUAUCGCCACCUCAUGCGAAAAAUGAAUAUGAAGAAUCUGGAAUGGAUUUCGCGAAUCAACACAACAAGCUUCCUGCUCACAGCUCUCCUCACGUAGAAUUCAAUGCUCCGUCGAUUCCUCAUCGCUCCAUGCAAAAUGCUGCCUACAACUCGGCUUACGAUUACGACUACAGACAUCGCUACAAUACUGAAACGCUUCUGCCAGGGUUCUGA